AUGGACAAAAAGGACAGGAACAACUGCAACCCUUGGAGUACAGAGUACGGAAAGGUGUCCUCUGAAACCACUGGUACUUAUACCCAGCGGAGAAAGAAAAUGAGUCUCAGAUUUCUACCCACAGUAAGGUUUCAACAUUCAGACGACCUGGAGGUAGGGUGGCAGCUAGGGAGGCCGAGUGGGCGGGCGGCUAAGGAAACCACCGCCCAGGCUACCACCGCGGGCGGCUCCGCUCGGGCGUGUUUGGGUCUGUUCCGGAGCCAGCGGGCGGUCAGAGGCGCCGCUUCAGCCUUGACAUCCCGGCGCCGCGGGAAAACCAAAGCCCGCGGGUGCACGAUCGCUCCUGCUGCCCCUACGACUGACUCCUCCGGCUCACCGUCUUCCCUCUGGGAGGAAGGGGCGGGACAUCCUGCCUUUCCGUUGAGCGACUUCCGGCGGCUCCCUGGACAACUCCGUCGUGAACCGACCGCCGGACGCUACAGCCAAAAUACAGGAUCUCGGGACCGGUUUAGUAAAACCCACUCCAAGUACCCUUUUUCUUUGCCUCAAAUGGCCAACGGGUCUGUGUGCCGUCUUGUUUUCGGUACAUCAUCUCCUGCCGGAAGUCGCUCGGAGAUGAAGCCGGAAGUCCCACCCCUCCCCUAGAGAAAACGGAAAGCCGAGGGAGUCAGUCUAAAGGAGAGACCGUGGCCCGGCUGGGAAGCUGGCGGUGUCGGCCGGGGUGGGCAACCUGGGACUUACAAAGGUCCGGGAAGCGGGUUUCCUCCCGGCGGCUCCUCCUCCGCCUCCCC